AUGUCUUCAAUUGAUGGACUACUUGAUAUGGAAGCUGAUGUUUUGGAAAAGGGGAAACGGAAAAGGAAUAAUAUUUCUUGUCGUGAAUACUACUGUUACAAACUCCAAAUGAGAGACAAUGAAGAAAAUGACGUUUUACAUUUUGGCAGAUUAUUUCAACAAUACUCAGUUGAUGAAUUCAUAAAAAUAGAAACUCAGAGGUUAGAUUUUGCCUCAUUUAACCAAGAUUUAUUUCGGAUUGAUGUACUACAAGGACUUUUGGAUAUCCUAAGACUUGGCGAAAGAGAAGCUUCUAAGACAGUAAAACAAAACUUUCUUCCGACAAGUUUUACGGGUGGUCCGAGAGAUAUGCGCCAGCGUUACAUGGAUGCUAUUGCGUUAGUGCAACAUUUUGGAAAACCUGAUAUAUUUCUGACCAUGACAUGUAAUCCCUCUUGGCCCGAAAUUAAGCAACAUUUGCUCCCAACAAAUGAAACUCAAAAUAGGCCUGAUUUAAUUAGCCGAGUGUUCAAAGCAAAGGUAGAAGAGAUCAAGACAGAGAUAUUAAAAAGAAACAUAUUUGGAAAAGUUGCAGCUUAUAUGUACACUAUAGAAUUUCAAAAACGCGGUCUUCCACAUGCUCAUUUUCUUAUUAUACUUACUGAUGACUACAAGUUAUUAACGCCUGAGGCUUAUGACAAAUUUGUCUGUGCUGAGCUGCCCGAUCCUGAUACAAACUCUUACUUACAUAAGCUUGUUAUUAAACACAUGAUGCAUGGGCCUUGUGGCCAUUUAAAUCCUACUAAUUCAUGUACGAAAAGAAAUGAGUGUAAAUUUAAGUACCCCAAGAGCUUCGUUGGUGAGACAACAAAAGGAAAGAACUCAUAUCCGAUUUAUAGAAGAUGA